AUGCGAUAUCAUCACUUGUUGGCCUUUUGUGGGCUUUCAUUAGCUUCGGCCUUUUACGAGAAUCCUCAACUCAAAGCCGACAUACGCGCUGAUACCAAUCGUGACGGAAAGAUUGACCUCGAGGGCACUUCAGACGUCAUUGGCAAGACCAAAUGGACUGAAGCUUCCGGCGCCAUUUUCCUCCCUAACAUUGGCGACACAGAUCGACGAUGCUCCAAGAAGGCUCUUAGCGGCCCAGCUUUGAGCAACGAGAAACUCGAUGACUGUAACGACGCUUCCGAUAAUAUCCAAAGAGCACCUCACUACCUGACUCCUCUCAAGACUGUUCCGAUUCCAUCUGCUUCCAAGAAUAUCAAGGGUACUGUCACGGUCCCUGAUGUUACCCAGCGGAAAUUUGUGCGUAUCUUCCGCAAAGAGGGCAAAAGCUGGAUCUAUGUUGAUGAGAAGCAUACCUUUUCUCAAAAAGAACUGCAAGCUGGACUCGAGCUCGGUAUCGAUGCUCGUGAUACUAGACGCCCAAAGGUUUGGGACGGACGAGUCACAGUUGAAUUCAACUUGCAUGACGGAAACAUCAAAUCUUCCGACAAGGUCAUGCUACGCGUUGCCCCUGUCCUGACGCAUCACCACCUCCAAAAGGUCGAACAAGUCCUCGCUGUUCAAGGAAACAAGACUGACGGACCAUACCUGGUUAACUUCACGGAAACCCUCAGCUCAACAGUCAAAGCGGCCGGUCUUAACAAAGAACUGUACCUCUUUAAUGCAAGUGAUGAUAUCUGGGCUCAAGACUUUGUAGAGCCUGGUUACGCAAGUAUGCCUGGUCCCAAGGGAACAGUCUCGAUUCGAAUCAUGAUCCGAUGUCCCCAGGACGAACGUGUGGCAGGUCGACAGCUUUUCGAGUAUUAUCGCAAAGCGGGCGUUGGUGCAGUGCAGCACCUUGGCGGAAAGCGUGAUGAGAUCAACUCUGGCGGUAACAUUGAGGCCAUUCCACCUUAUUCCUUCAAAGGAAAGACUUGGCCUGCUGGACGCGUUAUCCUUGGAAACCAUGGCAAGCAGAAGCAUCAUAUUCUGCCUUACCUUGAGGCCCAAGAGUCACAGAAUCCUCUUCUUCUGGACACCGCAUGGCUUGCCAUCGGUCAUGUUGAUGAGUUUCUUCAAUUUCUGCCUGCGAAGAAUGAACGAGGCUGGGUUGCCGUGAUUGACGAUCCCCGAGCCGGUAUCAAGCUUCUCGAGGAUACACGCAAGACAGGCCAUGGAUCUCUCCCAGCCAUUUCACGCAAAAACGAUACCAACUCGAACCAUGGUGGUGACUGUGGAGGCUUUAUGUGUGGACCCAUCCCCGUCAACUCGCCCACCAUCACCCAAUUUCUUGCCGAUAAGAAGCUCAUGAAACUCAACGAACAAUGCGCGGAGCGAAUCGACGCCAACAUCAAGAUCCUUAUCAAGGAAAUUGGGCUCACCGACGAGGACAUCAUCCGCAUCCCAUCCUUGUUCAAGGCUAGUGAAUUCCCGGGCGCUGACAAUAAGAGACUCCAAGUCGGUGCUUUUUUCCCUGGUGUGGUUAACAACCUGGUUCUUACAGGCUAUAACACUUGUAUUGCCCCUAAUCCUUGGGGUCCUGUUGUUAAGGGGAAGGAUAUUAUUGCUGAAGAGAUCAGGACUAAGUAUGCCAAGAUUGGACAGAAGAUCAAGUUCCUUGAUGACUGGAAUACUCACCAUAACUUUGGUGGCGAGGUUCACUGUGGUAGCAACUCCAUCCGUGAUAUGUCUGCUCGCUGGUGGUGA